AUGGCGCCCAAGUCGUUGCCGCCGCCGCUGUCAGCCGAGCUGCGGGUCUGUGGGGUGCUGUCCAGCCACGUGGGCGACGAGCAGCGCCUGCGCAGACUGCAGAACUGCCUGGCCUCGGCCGCGCAGGGCCCGGGCUUGGGCCCGGGCCUGGCCGCCUUCUUCGCGGUCUUCUCCGCGGGCUCGGAGGCCCUGGCCUCGGCGGCGGAGAAGGCGCUGGAGGCGCUGAGGGCGGCGCUGGCCCCGCGCCCGGUGCGGUGGCUGCGCCAAACCGAGCGGGGCUCCCAGUUCUACGACCUGCGGGUGCUCUUUCGUGAGGUUUUGGCCAAAGAGCCGGCCGGAACCUGGCUUCUCUUUUCGGACGACGACGACUUGUGGGGCCCUGCCCGGGUGCCGAUUUACUACAGUGUCAUCGACCAGCACGCGCGCAAGUCCGGGGUCACCGCCGUGUGCGCCACCCACAAGGUGCGGCCCAAGGACCGCAGGAAGGUGGCGGCGACACAGCAGGAGGUGGGGAAACACCUGAAGUCGGGUGAUGCAGUGAUCUGCGGCGGGGUGCAUCAGGAGGAGGAGUUCUUUGACUUCGCGUGCCCCUGCGAGAGUCUGGGGGUCUUCCUGGAGAUGUGCAACGAGGAGACGCUGCGGCAUCCCUUCUGCGACCUCCGAUUCACACGCUUUCUGCAGGAGUACUACGAGGGCGGCAAGGCCAUGUACAUCCCCACGGACAAGGCUGAGCACUGGGUCUACUACUACGCCACGGCCUACCGGGUGCCGGAGGACCGGGACACCUACGAGCAGUUCGUGGCCCAGGGCCAAGCCUCCACCGUGGUGAGGACCAUCUCCUCCGACCGCGAGGAGGCACAGGAGCUGUGCAAGCAGAUGGGUGGCAAGGCCGGCGAGAAGGACCUUGCGGAGAUGACUGACUUCGUGGCGGCCUUGCGGCAAAACAUCGAGGCCAUCAUCAUCCGCCAGCGCCUUGUCGGGCCACUCUUCAUGGAUACGCCGAGGUUCCCGGAGGUGCCGAUGAAGGUCGGGGAGAUGAAGCGCAUCGCGGUGGGGCAGCUGCAGGGCCAGCUCUUUGCCCUCCGUGCUUUGGAACAAGGGCGGCACGAGAGGACCCCCAAGCUGCAGUCUGCCAGCCGAUGGGAGAUCAGGGACCCGCUGCUGUGCUGGCCCUGGUCCCCGCGCUGCAUGAACGCCAGCGCCAGCCAGCCCUCCCUGUGCCAAGUGAGGGACCUGCAGCGUAGCUUCCACAAGAAGGCCUCGCAGCCCUACGCUUGGCUCUACCUGGAAAAUCUCAGGUCACCAGAGUUCAAAGUGGAGUGGCAGCUCUCAGGUGGAAGAGGUGUCCGGGAGGCUCUGCGGCAGGACGAUGAUGUGCCCGGCCUCACCAUCCAGACGGUGGAUGACCAGAAGGACCUGCUGAUGAUGGACAUGAGCCGCACCAUGACUGACGACAGCCUUGGCUCCCCAUCUCGGAGGAAGAACAGGCACCGGGGCAACAGCAUUGCGCUGCCCAAGACGCACACACUGCGGAUCGGCGGCCUGGGCAGCGAGCCCAUGGGCUAUCCACUGGAGGUGCCCCAUGCGGAGCUUAUGGCCUCCGUGGCCGAGGCAGAGGCUAGAUACGUGGUGAGGGACCAUGUGGCCGAGUACGACCUCGCACGCAUGAAGGUCUUCUUCAAUCGCUUCGCCUUGGACGGGGAGGUUCAGAAGGACCGCCUGUGGGGUGGUCAUAGGUGGACAGAUGCCUAG